AUGGGCUGCCAUUCACCCGAAGAGACGGUAUUUAUAAAGCCAUCCACGUUUAAUACACCAUUAACUUCAGAUACACCAACAACAGCUAAGACAAUAUCUAAGCAAACCAUUUUACCCAAAACUACAAUAUCAGCGAAACGUUCUACAACAAGUCCCUUUAAAAAAACAUUUACUAAUGGUCUCGCAACUAAUCACCUUUGGUUCUCGCUUAGAACUCCUGAAUCUAAUAUAACGUCUAUUCCACCUUCCACAUGUUAUUUAAAUUCCAAAACACCAGUUAUCGUUGAAUGUCAGGUGCGUGCACGCAUUCCGACUUCUAGAGGUGAAUUUUUCCUUCAUCUCUAUAGGAAUAAUAGAGAUAAUAAAGAACAUUUAGCUAUAGUCUAUGGUAAUGAUAUUAGAAGUAAGAGUUUAGACGCUCCUCGUCCAGGGGAAAGUGAAAUGGAUAGAAUUGUAAGAGGCGCAACGUUAAAAUCUGGUCAAACACAUUUGGAAGAUUCGCGCAGAACAUCUCCUUUAGUUAGAAUUCAUUCCGAAUGUUAUACCGGGGAAACUAUUCAUAGCGCAAGGUGUGAUUGUGGUGAACAAUUGGACGAAGCUUUGCGACUGAUUCAAUCUGAGGGACGUGGUGUCGUGAUAUACCUUAGACAAGAAGGCAGGGGAAUUGGUCUAGAAGAUAAACUUAGAGCAUAUAAUUUACAGGAUUUGGGCCAUGAUACUGUGACAGCAAACAUUCUUUUACACCAUCCACCUGAUCUUCGUACUUAUGAUAUUGCAACUCAAAUUCUCGCUGAUCUCAACUUAUAUAACAUUCGAAUGCUUACCAAUAACCCUGACAAGAUCGAGCAGAUCGAGAAUGGCGGCAUUAAAGUGAUUGAACGCGUACCUAUGAUUCCUUCAGCAUGGAAGGAUAAACAUAAUCCUGAUCGUAUUAACAAUGAAGUAGAUAAAUAUCUUAAAGUAAAA